GUAAAUAUUAUAUUUUCACUUUAAGCAUUAGUGGAUUAUUAGAACUAUAUUUUCUUUAGGCACAACCAGAAAGAAAGUCGAAACUUAGUAUAUCUUUUUGGCGCUAAAACUCUCUUGACAUCAUACAAAAUGACUCAGAAGUUUGAUUUUCAUGACCUUUCGAAUGAAGCUAUCCGCUCUAUGCUCCCCAGUGAGGCCCUGCAGAAACACCUGGAGAACGCACAGCUGGCGCAUCGCAUCUGCGUCGCGAAGGCCCUCAAGGCGGAGGAGUCUGUGGAGGAGCAAUGCUCUCUAACUUGGGGUGAAGUCUUGCUGCGGUACAACCAGUGGGCUAACUACCGUCCUCCCUUUGAGUUCAGCGAAGCAAAGAAAAAAUAUAACGCGUUCUGGACCCCAAAGCGCCUGGCGGCUGAAGAAGCUAAUCCCCUUAAGUAAUACUAAACCAAGAGAAGAAAGGGUAGAGCUAAGUAGGGGGCGACUGCGAAGCUCCAAUUAGGCGAUACAUUACUUGAUUUCCUUUGUCUGCAUACUUUUCCAUACUGUGAUGUUUAUGGUGUUUCUUAAACAGUCUUGGACUGUUUAACCAAAA